AUGCAUAAAUAAAUCUAAAGGAGUUUAGCGGGUAGGUAGCCAGUGGAGGGAACUUACAGGUUCAGUACAGGUUUGUGCAAUGCCUUACUGCCAGACACAUGAGUAAUACGUCCUUUUUUUUUUUUUUUAUCUGAUUCUGUGUUCUUGACAUAAAACAAGACAUGGGAAUGUAUUAGGGGAGCAAGAUAAUUUUAACUCAACAUAAUUCUAAUCUAAGGCUUCCUAAGCUGUGUAUUCUGUAUGAUAACCUGGUCUUGAAUCUUACGUAUCAGCAAGGAUGUUCAUAUUAUUCAGUUAACCAGACAUUCACAGUUGCAACAUUGAUCACCGUGUGUGCCUCCCCAUAUAAUCAGUUUCAUCCCACCUGUGAAUACUUCAGCAUUAUAUGAACUUAAACCAACAUCAAUACCACUUUAAUGGUACAGUGAUGGCUUCUAAUAAGAAACGCAACUAUGAUGACAACUACCUGGAUUUUGGAUUUACAAGCAUCACUGAUAAAGAUGUAGUGAAGCCUCAGUGUGUGAUUUGUCACAAAAUACUCACAGCUGAAUCACUAAGACUCAGUAAGCUUAGAUUACAUCUGGAAACCAAGCAUCCUUAACAUGUUGGCAAAGAUCGUUCCUUCUUUAGUCGACAAGAAUUGAACAUGAAGAGACAGCGACUUGAUGCCAGUGGUUCCUUUCAUCAACAAAAUGCUGCCGUAUUGGAAGCAUCAUUUCUUGUAUCCCUUGAAAUAGCAAAGAAAAAGAAGCCUCACACAACUGGGGAGGAAUUAAUUUUGCCAUGUGCCAAAACAAUGGUAAAGCUUGUUUUGGGUGAGAAAAGUGCUGAAAAGCUGAAUGCUAUUUCACUCUCAAAUAAUACAGUGCAACGCCGAAUCUCCCAAAUCUGAUGACAUCAAAGAGCAGGUGACACAGGAAAUUAAAAGAGCUGGAUUAUUCAGUAUUCAACUCGAUGAGUCCACUGACAUCCAGUCCUGCUCACAACUCCUGGCUUUUGUAAGGUAUGUUCAUGAUGAGGAUCUGAAGGAGGAAUUCUUGUUUUGUGAGCCUCUUGAACAAUCUACAAAAGGUGAAGAUGUAAUGCAGAAACUUACAGAAUUCUUUGAAUCUGAAGGUCUUGACUGGGGCAAUCUCUGUGGGAUAUGCACAGACGGGGAUCCAGCCAUGAUGGGUUCUCAGUCAGGUUUUGUUACAAGAGUUAUACAAAAAGCACCAAAUGCUAUCCCUCUUCACUGCAUGAUCCACAGGCAAGCUCUAGCAUAAAAAACGCUACCCUCAGAAUUACAGGACACUCUGAAUACAAUUAUAAAGACAGUUAACUUUGUAAAAGGUAGUACUCUUAACACACAUCUUUUCAAGAGACUCUGCCAAGAUAUGGAUGCAGCUCAUGAGACCCUCCUAUUUCAUACAGCAGUUCGCUGGCUAUCAAAAGGAAAUGUAGUUCAGCGUGUAUUUGAGCUCAGAGAAGAGAUCAGCCCCUUUCUCAGAAUACAGAACAAGCAAGAUUUGCUGUCAGCAUGGUCUGCAGAUAGCUUCGAAAUACGGCUAGCCUAUCUUGUUGACAUAUUUAGACAGUUGAACACACUGAACCUGGAACUCCAAGGGAAAGGAAGUUUGAUAAUCGAUUUUGUGGACAAAAUCAAAGCUUUCAUUCGUAAGAUGGAGAAUUGGAGGCGCAAAGUUGGAAUGGGAAACUUGGUAAUGCUGGAGACAGUGUCAGAAAUUGUAGAGGAGUGUGAUGCUGCUACGCAGAACUUGAUUACCCAACAUCUUGAGGCCUUGGAAGGGGAAUUUAAAAGAUACUUCCCAGAUAUCCAAAGCCUAACUUCUCGGCUAGUAAGGUCCCCCUUCACUGCUCCAGUGACAUGCAUUCCUGAUGACAAUGAUGAUGGCCAAACUGAGCUGUUGACACUUCAGAAGGAUUCAGGAGCUAAGAUGAAGUUUGAGGCCGCAUUCUCUCAACUACUCCACAUUAAAACGAAAUAUCGCAACAGACUUGAAGUGAAGCAUGACCUACGGUGUGCUUUAAGUGAAACAAAACCAAGAAUCAAGAAGCAUGUUGAUAAUCUGCAACAUCACCCUUCACACUGAGUGGAAUGGGGAUUCAAAAGUGAAGGAAACAUGAACCUGGCAUGAACGUUCAGAAGCAAACGGUCUGGGAGGAGGUGGGUGUGUGGCCACUGAAGGCCAUGGUUGUGGCAGUUAAUUAUGACUCCCUAUGAUAGCAUUUCAUUUUAGAAUUACAAAGUUAUCAGAUUUCUAAGAUUCAAAGAUCAGAUCACAUUGCGUGGGAUUAAUACACUUUUUCAAUCCAGUGGAAUUUGUUUCUUUUUUUUUUUUUUUUUUUUUUUUUGCUUAUUGCUGAAACAGCUUUUCACAAUAAUGCAAUUUUUAAUUACUCUACGUAUGAAUUUUCUAAUGUGCAUUAUAUUACUUCUUUAGUACCAUUUCAAUAAUUAGAUGAGAUUCAGCAAAGGCAAAAUACAAAUUUCUUUAUUAAUAAUUAACAAAAGAAAAAAUAACAAAUGGAAUCAAUAAAAUUACAGGAUUUGCUAGAGUGGUUUUUAUAUGGACCUAAUGAGUGUAGGACUGUAGACAGUCACGGUAGUCACAGGUUAUGGUUGUGGGGGGGGGGCCAUGGACAAGGAUCAUGUAUGAAAGGUGGGUAACGACCAGAAAAAGCUUGGGAACCACUGUCAUAGAUGGACAGAUAAGGCUUUUGUACAGAGUUAUCAUAACAGAGGUGAUAAAAACUGGCGGAGACGACUCAGAACGCUUAACUUCAUAGGAGCUGUUUUAGAUAGAAAUGAUAUUUGAAGUUUCCAGUUUAGAUUAUAAGUAAAGGACAGACCGAGUAUGUUCAUUGUAGAAGAGGGGGUCAGGUGAAUGUCACUGAAGAAUAGAAGAUAGUUUUCUGGAAGGUCGAGUUGAUAGAUGGAGGAAUUGAGUUUUUGCGGCAUUGAACAAUAAUACUAAGUUUGCUCUGCCUAGGCCAACAGCAAAAGUUUCACCAAAAUCCCUAAAAGAGGAUGACUAAGACUCGGUAAGGAAAGUCAGAAG